UUAACCAGACGAAUUCUAUUUAUGUUAUUUUUCUACGAUAACAAUACUGAAACAAGUCUUGUCUCUUGUAUAGUCUUCAGUCGAAGUCAUAAUAACGUUUAACGUUUAACAGUGGUUAGUGUUAGUGUUUUGUUUUACAAAUACAACUUAUAACUUAUAUUAUUGAAAUUUGAAGUAAAAGUCGAAUAUGAGUGGCUGUAAAAAAUAUUUAAGCGGUGCUCAGAAGAGAAAAAAGAAGAAAGAAGAUCUUUUAAUGACAUCUGCUGUUAAGUGCAAUAAAAUAACUGGAUUUUUUUCUUUAACUAAUGAAAGUGACGAUAAACUAGUUUCAAAUGUUAUAGAAAUAGAUCAUAGUAUCUCAAAGGAAAAUAUAAACAAUGAAACUAAUAUCAAUUGUAUUGUGGAUGGUACUGUGGAUGGUAUUGUGGAUGGUAUACUUGAUGACACUAUUGAUAUAAAUAAUCAUUAUAAUAUACCAGAAGAAGUUAAUGCUAUUAGUAUUGCAUGUAUGUCAUAUGAUAAUGCCAAAAAUGUUUCCAGUAAUUUAAAAGAUAAAAUUAAUUUGCAUGUUGACUUAAAAGAAACUGUUCAGACUGAUCACUUAAACAAUACUCAUUGUUUAUCACCGGCCAAACAAAAUCAAAGUAAUAAUGGUCUUGAAAAUACUAAUUCUACUUCUGUUAAGGAUACUACGAAUAUUGGUACAAUACAUCAUGCAGAUAUUGAUGAUAACAGCUUUGAUGAAUUAACCGUUAAAGAUCCAUAUUUUUGGCCAAGUAAAAUAAAUGAUGAUUUUGUGGAUUAUUGUAUUAAAAAAGGGCCAUCAUUUUUUCAAAAUAAACAAAAAUCGUAUACUCAAUCUGCACGCAUUAGUGAUCAUAAAAGACAUUUAACGCCUGCAAUGUUUGAAAGAACUUUACCUAAUGGACAAAUAUGUGAUCGGCUGUGGCUUUUGUAUUCUCCAAGUCAGGGUUCAGUAUUUUGUUUUAUGUGUAAGCUUUUUUCAAAGAAUCGUGAAAACUCUUUUGUAAAAAAUGGGUUUGAUCAAUGGAAAAAAUUUGAAAAAAUAUCAUACCAUGAAAACAGCAUGUAUCACAGAGAAGCAAAUACUACAUGGCUACUUCGAGAAAACUCAUUAAAUUCCGUAAAUCAACAAAUCUGUAAGCAAAUAUCUACUGAAACUCAAUAUUGGAUUGAUGUUUUAAAACGCGUUGUAGCAGUUAUUAAAUAUUUAUCUUCACGUGGUUUACCAUUUAGAGGAGACAAUGAAGUAUUUGGAGUAAAAAAUAAUGGAAAUUACUUAGGACUUCUUGAACUAAUUUCUGAGUUUGAUCCAUUUUUGAAAACCCAUAUUGAAUUGCACGGUAAUAAAGGGAGAGGUCAUCCAUCAUACCUAUCUACAACAAUUUUGAACGAAUUAAUAACUCUGAUAAAGAGACGUGUUAUUAAUUAUAUUGAAAAUGAAAUCAGAGAAAGUAAAUAUUUUUCAUUAAUUUUGGACUCAACUCCGGAUUUAUCUAAGGUAGAUCAAAUGGCAAUAGUAUUAAGAUAUUGUACAUCACAUAAUGUACAAGAGAGAUUAUUAGAGCUUAAACCUAUUGAUAGUCACAAAGGUGAGUCAAUCUUUAAAUUGUUAGAAGAUUUUCUUAAAAAUUCUAAACUUGAUAUUUUAAAUUGUCGCGGUCAGUCAUAUGAUAAUGCUCCUAAUAUGAGUGGAACUUAUGAAGGACUACAAGCAUAUGUAAAAAAAAAGUGUGAUUUAGCUAUUUAUGUACCUUGCACUGCUCAUUCACUUAACCUAGUCGGAGUUCACAGUGUGAAUUGUUGCUUAGAAGCAGUAAAUUUUUUUGGGUUUCUUCAGUCACUGUAUAAUUUUUUCAGUAGUGCUACUCACAGAUGGAAUAUAUUAACUACAUCUAUAGAAAAAAGUGAUAGUAAUCGAUUACUAGUAUUAAAAUCUUUAAGUGAUACUAGAUGGUCAUGUCAUACAGAGUCUUGUAAAGCAUUAAUAAAUAAUUACACUAAAAUUAUUGAAGUAUUAGAAACUAUAAUAAGUCCUAAUAGUAAAGAAAAUGAAGAUACUAAAAGAAAUGCUAGACCAUUAUUAAAAAAAAUUUUAAAAAAAGAAACUGGAUACAUGGCACUUUUAUGGAAUGACAUUUUAGAAAGAUCCAACAAGACCUCAAUACAGUUGCAAACAAUAAAUUGUGAUCCUUUAAAAGCUCUUAAUUUACUUAUAUCAUUAAAGCAUUAUGUAUCAAAUUUGAGGAAGUGCAGUACAUUAUAUGAAAAUAAAAUAAAUCAACUUAGUCCUAAAAUAAAAGAGAAAUACUCCGAUGAACAAGAGAGAAUAAAAAAAAAGAAAUUUCCAAAUGACUCUGGUUGUAAUCAGGUAUCUUUAAGUGGUCAUGACAAGUUUAGAGUAGAGACUUAUUAUGUUAUUAUAGAUAGUUUUUGUUCACAAUUAGAAAAACGAAUUGAAGCUUAUAGUUUUCUAAAAAACAAUUUUUUGUUCAUCACAAAAUUACAUGUUGUUUUACCACAAGAUACUGAUGAAGAAGAAGAAGUUAAUAAAAGUCUUGAAAAUUUUAUUUUAUUGUAUAAAAAAGAUGUUGAUAAUACUAUACAAAAUGAAAUUAUACAAUUCAAAAAAUAUUGGUCUAUCAGUAAACCUUCAUAUGAUGACACACAAGAUUAUCUGCUAGAUAUUUGGAAGCAUUUCAAUGAAAAAAAUCUAUUACUUUCUUUUCCUAAUUUGUAUACUGCAAUUAAAAUAUAUCUAACCAUACCUAUUGCAAAUUGUUCGGCUGAAAGAGCUUUCUCCAAAUUAGCUCGAAUAAAAAACAAGUAUAGAACAAGCUCUUCUCAAGAAAAUUUAAAUAGUUUUAUGGUUUUGUGUUCAGAGAGUGAUGUUUUGGAGGUAAUUAAUACCGAUGAUAUAAUUAAAGAGUUUGCUGCCCAAAAAUCUAGAAAAAAAUAUUUUUAAUAAAAUUUUUAUUUUUGUAUUUAAAAAAAAAAUAAGAAAUAAAUUGAUGAAUAUAUUUUUUUUUCUGAAAUAUUUUUAUUUGUGGGUCACCAAAAUUUUGAUUAUGGAUAUGGGCCCCUAAAAUUGUUUGGCCCCAGGCCCAAAAUUAUCUUAAUCCGGGCUUGCUGAUGAAGAUCAAACCAAUUAAAUUAACAUACAAUUGUUAAAUUCAAUAAUUAGAGAAAUUUUUUUUUUGAAACCUUUAAAUUUGCUUGUUCGUGAAGCACAGUGCAGCGAAUUAAAGCUAAAUCUUUAACUUUGCCUAGUUAUAUUGAUAGACAUGCUUGUUUGCUACAAUAUCGACAUAACACAAAAAUCGUAAUCAAAAAUAUAAACGAAUUGUCCGUAUCCGAUAGAUAAACGACAAAGACUACAAAAUACAUAUGUUGAAAAACCUCAAAAAUCAUUCAAAGAAAAGCGAGAAUGUAAAAAAGUUAGAAAAAAAAAAGUUUAUCCCAUUUUUUUUAUUCUUGAAUCAGAAAUCUCUUACGAUAAUUUACAACGAAACAACCAUCGAAUAACGUUCUAGCAACGGUGCUGACGGUUAUGUAUUUUUAUACUAGGUUGAGAUAAUGUCAACGUACUUCGAUAUCAACAAAUGACUGAUGUAAAAUCUCGGUAUGAAAGACAAAACAUUGAAAAAUAUACUCCAAUCAAAAUAUAAACGAAUUGUCCGUAUCCGAUAGAUACACGACAAAGACUUAACAAUACAUAUGUUGAAAAACCUCAAAAAUCGUUCAAGGAAAAGCGAGAUCGUA